AUGGACGAACCUGUAAUGACUCAGCUGCUUAAACUGGCUGGUGCUAUACUCGCUAUAAUUAUUACCACGUUCGUAAUUAAACUAUACCGAGUACGGACGUUCAUUCGAGGACUCCAAAAGCAAGGUCUCCCCAUGCCACUCCAUCAUUGGUUACUCGAACACAUACCUCUCAGCGCAAGUAUCAUUAGCAAUCUCCCUCCAUACGCCCACGGCGUCUACAUCGGAGACCAAAUCCGCCAGAGAUAUCCCCAUCUGGACAGCGCUUUCUAUCUUGACAAUUGGCCACUCGCCGCUCCGAUUCUCGUCAUAAAGGCAUUCGCGCUUACUUUAAAAGGCGAUGCUUGGAAAUACUGGAGAGCUAUUUUCAAUCCUGGAUUUAGUGCUGGUCAUGUAUCCAGUCUGGUUCCGAGAAUGAUUGGAGGGAUCAAGAUGUUCAAGGAACUGCUGAGGAAACAUGCCGAGAGUGGUAAAAUGAUAUUUCUUAAGGAUGGCAGCCUGCACCUCACACUCGAUAUUAUUGGAGCAUUACGAAGGCAGCUUUUAUGGUGCACGACAGGCAUGAACAUCAACCUUCUGGAAUACAUCAAUAUAUCUCGCCCUUUUCUGCAUGCAUACAACAGCUACAAAAUGAAUCGCUACCUCUCUCGAGAGCUCGACAAACGCCAUCGAAGCAUCAAAGGCGCUGAGAUACAGAAGAAAGAAAAAUCGAUUGUGGAUCUAGCGUUGAAAGCUUAUCUUGCGGAGAAUCCUUCAGCAACAGGCAUCGAUAAAACUUUCCAGAAUUUCGCCAUGGCGCAAAUAAAGUUAUUUAUCUUCGCUGGCCACGACACCACUUCUGCUGGUGCAAUCUUCACUUAUCAUCUGCUCUCCCAACACCCAAAUGUACUAGCAAAGGUUCGUGCUGAGCACACUGAGGUACUAGGGGCUAACAUCGCGGACACUGAGUCUGUAAUUGCUUCCAAGCCACAACUCUUGAAUCAACUUACGUAUACUACUGCGGUCAUCAAAGAAAGUCUUCGCAUCUACCCCACUGUCGCCGCGCUUCGCGAUGGCCAAUCUUAUUUCUCUUUGAUAGGGGACAAUAGUCUUCGUUUCCCCACCGAUCGAACAAUAGUCUGGGGCGAUCAUUAUGCCACACAUCAUAAUCCUGCCUAUUGGCCGCGAGCCGAAGAGUUUCUUCCAGAACGAUAG